CUACGAGAGAUCUUUAGCACCUACGGCCAGAUCCGCGACCUGGAUAUGCCAAUGAAUCGAGCUUUCAAUACGAAUCGUGGCACAGCGUACAUUCUCUAUGCCUCCGAAACCGAUGCUGAAGCUGCCAUUGCCCAUAUGCACGAGUCGCAGAUCGAUGGAGCUGUUAUCAAUGUUUCAAUUGUCCUUCCACGUCGCAAGUUCUCUCCGUCACCACCUAUGGCGAGACGUGGCGCCAAUAUCGAUCCUCGAGUCCCUCUGGCAGCUCCUUUCCGACCUCCCCCACCUACCAGACGCCGAACUCCACCUCCAGCCUAUGGUCGAACCGAGAGAAACUUUGAUACAUAUCGUCCAAGAUCAUUGUCCCGAUCACGAUCCCCCAGGCGCCAUCGUACUCGAUCAAGGUCACUUUCUUCUCGCUCUCGCUCCCGUUCUCCACCUAGACGGCGAGGAGGAGGCCGAAGAGAUAGCCCUGGCCGCAACGGUGGUAGAAGACGGAGGAGCCCAAGUUACAGUAGUUACAGCAGUUAUGAUGACAGGAGUCGAAGCAGAAGUCGGGGACGAGGUGGACGUGGAAGACGUUAG